AUCGGGGUUAUACUUAGAGCUGAUGAGAACCAGUGUCAUCUCGCAAAUGCAGCGAAGCUUCUCGAUCGAAUUGCCUUCACUGGUUCCUCUGCAACUUCCAUCUCGGAUGGAGACUCAUCUAUGGUAUGUUGUUCCAGAGGAAGUGAAAAGUAAAUCUCUUUUAAAACAAUAUUCUCAACUUCUGUCACCAUCUGAGAAUGAUAAAGUUCUUCGUAUGCGAGGCGAUGAGCUUCAGAAGAAUGCUUUGCUUGCUCGCACAUUGGUUCGCACCACCAUUGCAAGAUAUCAGACAAACAAUGUAGUCGAUCCGAGGACCUUGAUGUUCAAGAAGAACAUGUAUGGGAAGCCUGAGGUAGAUUGGCAGAAUUAUAAGAACUGUAACAACCCACCAUUGCAUUUCAAUAUCUCCCACACAGAUUCAUUAAUUGCCUGUGGAGUGACAGUACAUGUUCCGGUUGGUAUCGAUGUUGAAGACAAGGAAAGGAAGAUUAAACAUGAUGUCUUAGCACUUGCAGAAAGAUUUUACUCUACUGAUGAAGUGAAGUUUUUGUCCACUAUACCAGAUCCGGAAGUUCAGCGAAAGGAAUUUAUCAAGUUAUGGACUCUUAAGGAAGCAUAUGUGAAAGCAUUAGGAAAAGGUUUCUCUGCUGCACCUUUUAAUACCUUCACAAUCCAGUCCAAGGCUGGAACAACAGGAGGCUACAGUCUUUGCAAGGAGAAGACAAAGACAUGCAAUGGAGAAUGGAAGUUUGGCCUAUUGGAGUUGGCUGAUUCUCAUUAUGCUGCAAUCUGUAUUGAAGAUGAUCAAGCUAGUGGAGGUGCAGUUUCGGUUGACAUAGCCUCUUGACACUGAAAAGUCCAUUAUUUUUAGUGGUUUCUUCAUCACGUCUUUUUUUCCUUCUUGCAGGAGCUCCUCUGAGGGUAAUUGUUCGGAAAACCAUCCCGUUUGUAGAAGAUGAACUUAUUUCCGAGAAUAAAUUUCUUUAGGGCAG